AUGAACAAGGCCAACUUUUCAUCGUUUUUGAGGAGUCUAAACUGUGACCCGGCGGACCCGCUAAUCCAUCAGUUACGCCUACAAGUAGGAGCAUUUGACGAAGAAGCACAAGCCUUCAAUUCUUGCAGAACUGAUGAUUGGAAAGGAGGAGCCGAUGGAGAAGCCGUAUCAAGCAAUUUCAAUAAAUCACCGCUGACGCCAUUGUCGCGAAAUGCUGGUCGGAAGAAAAGCCAUCCGGUCUGGGAAUAUUUUGAUGAUCUUAAAGGCGUUGUGGGAUCAACGUGUAAAGUGGCCUGUAAACAUUGUGAAUGGACCCACGACGACCGUUCACCGAAUAAUCUGAAAGUGCACUUGAAGCGAAAGCAUACUAGCGACGGCCUUUACCAGCAACUCGAGCGCAAGCUUGCUAUCACGCCGUCACAGCCUUACGUGAAGAAAUUGCGCGCUCAAAGUACGGCACCAACGACUCAGAAAUCGAUUCUGCCCAAUUUCCCGCUCGAUCUUUCGUUGCUGCCACAUAUGGGUACGCUUCUCCCGAUUUCGGUUGGUCCCUCAGAUCAGGUUGCCGAUUCAGAAGAGGCCACUUCCGCUAACGGUUCUAAUGUAGCUACGGAGAACGAGUCACCAGGGCCCGCUGAAGAUUCCGCAUCGCCUUCUAGCAACGAUUCUGCAACAUUGCCGAAUGACAUCAAUAUCUUUGGGCAGCUCUCGAACCUCCUCGGCACGUCACCACUCAAUCAGAAUGCGAUGAACAUCUUCCAUGCCAUGUUGGGCUUGAAUGUAAUCAACAACCCGGUGCCUACAUUUGCACUUACUGAUGGGGAAACGUUGUCUCGCUUGAUAAUCGUUACAAACGAGAUGGACUUAUCGAUGACGAUUCAAAGGCGUGGCACGGAGUCCGAAAUCUGCUUUGAUCGGAACUUUACGACGAAUGCUCCGCGUAACACUCAACUAUGUUUUACAGACCUGGGGCAAUACAUAAAACUGAUGCACCGGCACAUCGAUGGAGAGAUCACGAACACCGAGUUCUGGCCGAAAUUAGGCUUCCCCCAAUUCCUACAGGGCCUUCGUGCACGCUGUGCCGAACUAUUCCAA